AUGGCACCGGCAGCAGUAUCGGAACCCGCCCCUACGGCGACCCUCGCCGUCACCAAAUCGCAGCCUGCCGAGAAGGUUGAGAAAGAAGUGACCCCGCUUGAAGCCAUAUCACACGGAGAUGUCUUGCCCAACAUUCCUACCUUCCCAAGCUACACAGCAGAGCGGAGACACAUCCUUGUUCAUAUGGCCGCUGUCUUCAGAAAUUGGUCUCGGAUGGGCUAUGCCGAGGGACAGUCAGGCCACAUCUCCGUCCGCGACCCUGAGUUUCCCCAGAUCAUGUGGAUGAAUCCUCUCUCCCGCCACUAUGGCACUCUGACGGCAGGCGACAUGAUCCCGCUGGAGAUCGACACAGGACGCAUCGUUGGGGGAAACCCGAAUCCCGCUACCGGCAAGAUCACUUGCAACAAAGCCGGCUAUUACAUCCACAGUGCCGUGCACAAGCGACGUCCUGAUAUACACGCCAUAUGCCAUGCACACACACACGCCGGGCGAGCAUGGUCCGUCUUUGCUAAGCCCCUUGAGAUGAUCACUCAGGACGUUUGCAGUCUAUACAACUGCCAUGCCGUCUACUCAGAUUACGGCGGCAUCGUCUUCGCCUCAGACGAGGGCGAGCGAAUCGCAGACGCGCUGGGGCAGCACAACAAGGGUGCAAUCCUCAUGAAUCACGGCUUGUUAAGCGUGGGAUACACAGUCGACGAGGCCGGCUUCAUCUUCGGGCUGAUGGAGCGCAGCUGCGCCAUCCAGCUACAGGUUGAGGCUGCGUGUGCCAACGGCCUGAAGAAGAGAUACAUCAGCGACGAGGAGGCCGCCUACAACUGCAAGAUGGCGAGUGAGAACCAUGCUAUGUAUCGGGAGAUGCAGCCUGACGUGGAGCUGGAGUUGGAGGCUGCGGGCGGUGAGGAGGUGCUGGCGAGGGGUUUUGACAGCCUGAACGCGAGCAUUUCGUUGUCAUAG